AAAUGAUCACGUAGAAGGUCACUAAUGACUAAUAAAACAAUUAAUCUCCUUUAUGCGAUAGUUGAAUAUGUAUGAAUUAAGAUGGAUUGCGAUUGAAACUAUGUGUAAAAAAAUAUGUGGCAAGAUUGCAACUAAUCAAAUCUGUAUUUUUUAAUCUUACGUUUUCUUUCCAGUUUUAUAUCCAGAAUUGUAUAUAGACUACAAAUGUAUAAUCUUCUGACAAAUUAAUGAAAGUUUGAUACAAUAUGGAUUAUUUUCAACUUCUCUGCACCAUUGGAGCGUUAUUGUUCGCGAUUUAUUAUUACUUCACUUUAACCUUUGACACAUGGAAGAAUCGUGGCAUACCUGGACCAAAACCUAUGAUCUUUUUUGGUAAUUUCCAAGAAGUUAUCUUCAAAAAAAUAUCACUGGCCGAAAAAACAAAACAAUUAUAUCAAGAAUACAAAAACGAGUUAGUUUUUGGAGUAUUUCAAGGAAGAUCUCCUAUUCUUGUUGUUAACGAUUUGGAUAUGAUCAAGGAUGUUCUCAUCAGAGAUUUCAGCUUAUUCGCGGAUCGAGGAAUUCAUGUAAAUCCUAAGGUAGAACCAAUAUUUCAAACUCUCUUCGCAUUGGAAUCUAAAACAUGGCGACCAUUGAGAACGAAACUCUCUCCAGUAUUUACAUCAGGCAAAUUAAAGGAUAUGUUCCCUCUUAUACUGGAUUGCGCAAAAAAUUUAGAGGAAUACGUGGAAAAAGUAAGAAAGAGCGGAGAACCGGUGGACUGUCGUGAUAUGGCUGCAAAAUUCACGACCGACGUAAUUGGCAGCUGCGCGUUCGGAGUGUGCAUGAAUUCUCUUUCGCCCGAAGGAAGCGAAUUUCGUCGAAUGGGGGAAGAACUUGGCAAAUUCAGCUUCAAACGCUUAGCCAGAGAUUUUACCAGGCUAUAUAUGCCAUUUUUGUUCGAUAUAAUUGGUGGUUACUUACAAUCGCACGAAAUUAACAACUUCUUUAUAAAUCUGAUCCGUGACUCGAUCAAAUACAGACAGGAGAAUAACGUAUUCAGGCCAGAUUUUGUCAACACGUUGAAAGAACUAAAGGAACAUCCAGAAAAAUUAGAAAAUAUUGAAUUAACCGAUGCGCUUCUCACUUCGCAAGCACUCGUCUUCUUCCUCGCUGGAUUUGAAACAUCUUCGACAACCAUUUCGAAUGCUCUCUACGAGUUAGCUCAAAAUCAGGAAAUGCAAGAUAAAUUACGAGAAGAAAUAAAAGAAGUUUGCAAGAAUAAUGACGGAGCAUUUUCAUAUACAGAUGUGAAAGAAAUGAAGUAUUUGGACAAGGUGUUUAAAGAAACAUUGAGAAAGUAUCCAGUAUUGUCGGUACUAAGCAGACAAGCGAUGGAAAAUUAUACGUUUAAAGAUACUAAAAUUAAAAUAUCGAAGGGGACAAAGAUAUGGAUACCAGUAUAUGGAAUUCAACAUGAUCCAAAUAUUUAUCCGGAACCUGAAGUAUUCGAUCCCGAAAGAUUUGAGGAUGAUGCUGUCGCUAACAGACAUCCUAUGAGUUAUUUGCCAUUUGGCGAUGGACCAAGAAAUUGUAUCGGUGCUCGUUUUGCGCAUUAUCAAAGCAAGAUAGGUCUUAUCACGAUUCUGCGUGAUCAUAAAGUUGAAGUUUGCGCGAAAACAUUGAUACCGUAUAAAUCCGAACCGCGAAAUAUCUUGAUGAUACCAAAAGGAGGAAAAAUAGAGUUGAAAAUAACGAAAGUUUAAUUAUUAACAUAUUCUAUAUUUAUUUUAAUUUUUAUGUUUUUUUAAUAUUUUUUAAUAUUUUUAUGCUAUUAAUAUUUUAUUAUAUUUUAUUUAUAUUUUAAUGUUUAGUUUUGGAAAGAGAUAUUUUUUAAAAAAAAUGUUCAACAAAAAAUAUUUUUACAAUCUAAUUGGGAGAUAUUAAUUCGCAUAAUUAAUAUUAAAACAAAUGUUUGUAUUUUUCAUCUCGUUUUGUAUUUGCUAGAAAGUUCUUAGAAAAAAAUCUUUUUCGAAAAAUAAGUAGAAAUAUAUAAAUCACUAUAAGU